CAGAAUCAUAAUUAUUUUUUGUUCAGUUACUUGUCUAUACCACGAAUAUGAUAAUUACUUGGAUUAAUCUAAAAUAGAUUUAAACAAACGUUCUAAACAAAAAGUUAAAAGCUUUGCGUGUCUCAUUUUACUUCAUGUAACAGUGGGCUCAUAUCCGGUCCGGCUGCCAAAUGUUUCCGUCGCACGCGUUUUUUGUGCGGAUAAUUGUAUGAAUGCUGCGUUUACGUUCGGUUGCUGUCAACAUAUCUAAACUAACUUCCUCACCCUCCACCAGUAAACGUGUUAGUACUUUGCGCAGAUUGUGUCCACAGACUAGUUGCGGUUCCUCACUUUCGGUGGAAGUCAGUUGUAAACAACAGCGAUACAUGUCAAGUGGACCGAAGAGAGCCCGCGCUGAAAACAUGACCGUGAAAAAGAUUGGAACGCAUAACGGGACUUUUCACUGCGACGAAGUCCUGGCCUGUUUCUUCCUCCGGCAGUUACCCGAGUAUUCAAAUGCAGAGAUCGUUCGGACCAGGGACUCAGCAGUUUUGGCAGAAUGUGACAUUGUUGUCGAUGUUGGAGGAGAGUUUGACCCAAAGAGGCAUCGCUAUGACCAUCAUCAGAGGACUUUUGUGGAGACUUUCCACAGCCUGUGUCCACAGAAGCCCUGGGUGACCAAACUCAGCUCUGCCGGCCUGGUCUACCUCCACUUCGGCCGUCGUCUGCUGGCCCAGCUGACCCAAAAAAAGGAGGACGACAGGCAGCUGGAGGCGCUCUAUGACAAGCUGUACGAGAACUUUGUGGAGGAGGUGGAUGCUGUCGACAACGGCAUCUCACAGUGUGACGGCGAGGCUCGUUACGCCGUCUCCACCACUCUGAGCGCACGUGUUGGCCACCUGAAUCCACGCUGGAACAGCAAGAGUCAGGAUACUGAGGAGGGCUUCAGAAAGGCUCUGAAGAUGGUAGGGGACGAGUUCCUGGACCGGCUGGAUUACUACAAGACCGCCUGGCUGCCGGCCCGGGCGGUUGUGGAAGAGGCAGUGAAGGAGAGACAUCAGGUUGACCCCAGUGGGGAAAUAGUGUUGUUCUCUCAGGGCGGGUGUCCAUGGAAGGAGCAUUUGUUUGCUCUGGAGAAAGAUCUUCAGGUGGAGACCCCUAUCAAGUUUGUUCUCUACCCAGACCAGAACGGUCAGUGGCGGGUCCAGUGUGUGCCUGCAGGGCUCAACACCUUCCAGAACAGGCUGUCCCUGCUGGAAGACUGGCGCGGUGUGCGAGAUGAGGCACUGUCAGAGCUCAGCGGGAUUAAGGGUUGCAUCUUCGUCCACGCCGGAGGAUUUAUUGGCGGGAACAAGACCCAGGAAGGAGCCUUGGAGAUGGCCAGAAGGACCCUGCAGGCUGCCGCGCAAUCUCCAGCAAACGGAAACAGCUGACCUGUUAAACAGGACGGCAAAUGGCUUCAUCCAUCAGUCAGUGUUUAGAUAGAAUUGCAAGGAUAAUGUUACACAGAUUGUACGCACCAGCCAGCCUGAAAAUGAUUUGUUUUGCUGUGCAGGAAGAGGGAUGGAAUGGAAAUUGCAGCCAAAUAAGAUCAGAACAAUCUCUAAAUACUGCACUGAAUCGCUGUGGAUGACCAUGUUGUGAUGUCCUCUACCUGCUCUUGUAACUGAAUAUCCCUUUUUGGUUGUAACUUUCAAUAGAAAUUGAUUGCGGAUUACAUUGUGGUCAUUUGUAUUCAGUACUGAGUAAAUUCAACAGUAAACAUACUGUUUUUCCGAGUCUCUCCUAGUAUCUCUCUUUCAGCCCAGUAAAUAAGGAGCCAUCUAAUGGACCAGCUCCAGUGUUCAAAGCAUGUGAAUAUCACAGCCUUCACCUUUCAAGGAGGGAUUAUAUAGAAACCUAGACAGUGGUUCAACCUUUCAUUUCCAGCAUUGCUGACAUUAACCACAGUCAACAAAGGCACCGAGGCUACUUACGCCGCUGCAAGAUCAAAGUGUCAAUAAUGAGGGUCUAUUAUUUCAAAGACACUGAAUUUACAGCCUUCACAAAGAGAUGCUCCUUGUGGCAACCAGUGUCGUGACAAGGCUACCGGCAUAGGCAAUAUCCCAGUAAUAAAGUCAGGGGAUGCACUUUGAAUGUUCUCAUUAAAACUCCAGAUAUUUUUCCCCGUAGCUCUAUCUGUUAUUCCUCCUGUAUUGCCAUUUCCAUGAGUAUGACCUUCUUCUGCUCUUGCUGUAUAGAGUAUAUUGCUUGAAUUUAAUCCCUGGAUUUUAUUUUUUUUCCCACUUCAUUGUGCAAAACCGGUGUCAUAGUGAAAAUGCCCCAGUGGAGACAAAAACAGCUGCACACAGAGGUUUUCUUCAUUUUUUUAUGGUCAAUGGUAAUUGUCACAUCAUACUGUCCGUUUGUUGGCAUUCAUAUUUCUUAUUUAAACCACGUAAUCCUAAUCCAUAUAUGUAAGAAGAUUAAAACUUGCUUUGAAAUGCAGACAUGAGAUGCCUGUAAA